AUGUACAGUGCCUCGCAGCUCUUGGCACUAAGCGUCUCCGUAGCAAUCUGUGUCAUUGCAGUACUUUAUGCUGAUUAUUUUGCUGGUCUUUUCUCAAAACGUGAUGCCUCAUUUAGCGUUCCCGAACAGCAGCAAAUGCUAGCAUCGCUGAUGUUCCAUGCGUCCAAGAAUGGCAACGCUGCAGCGAACACACGCGAUCCACCUCGUCUUGCCUUUUGUUGUAGUGCUGAUUUGGAUGUGGCUGUUCCUGCUGUAGCGCUAAUGCAAAGCGUGCAGAAAGUCGAACUGCAACAACUGCAGAAAAAUAGCAAGAAUGAAAAGAUCGACGAGAAAUUAAACAAGACCCACCAUGAACGGAUUGGUUCAUUAAAGCAACUCCAAGAGAGUUUUGUCUACUAUUUCUCAACUGGAGCUGCAGCUGAACAAAGUACGCUUUCUCCAGAACAGUUUCGAGAAGUGGUAACUCUAGCCAAUGCACUACCUGAAGUGAAGCGUAAAGUAGGUGGUAAUGCUGCUACUAUGGCCGAAAGAGCUUCAGCAGAAGGUUGUAUGGUACUUUUAGGAGCGGCCAUGGGUAACGGUAUGAAACCGUAUUUUGUAGACGAGCGCAUUAAACUCGUUGGUCACUUAAAAGAACACGAGCAUGAGGACGUGCAUUUGGUGUUAGAAUAUGCUAGUGGAGACAAAUUCAGGGGCUAUACGUCUCCACGUGCAAAUCGUUACUAUUUGAAUCAUGACGUGCACAAUGCUCAGCUGUCAGUAUUGGAAGAAUUUGAAAAAUCUUUGGAUUCUUUCAAGCCUGAUUUGGUGGUUUUUGGUGGUUUGCAGCUCAUGGAGGUACAGAUUAAUGAAGCUACACGUUUAAUGCGUCUUCAAGCAUUGUCGGACGUGCUUCAAAAUCUCUUUGUAACACAAACUCCAACUCAUUACGAAUUUGCAGCUGUAUCGGACUUUACUCUCUUUGAUGACACAGUUCGACUUGUACUGCCGUGGGUAGAUUCUAUCGGUCUCAAUGAACAGGAACUUUUUAUUCUACAUCAUUUCUUAGUGACAGGCGAAAAAGGAACAGCAACGACAUCACGUCCAUCCGUGUCGGAAAUUAGUGCUCAACUACAUGACAUCAUUCAAUUCGCAUCAAAGGCCAAGAAAGUCUUUCAAACAACCAAAGAAGACCGAGAUAAGUCAGUGGCAUUAGCUCAACUCUCGCGCAUUCACUUCCACACUCUACAAUUUCACAUUGUGUGUCAAAAAAUGGGUAGUAAAUGGGAAGAUCCGACGACGGCAUUAGUACAAAGUGCACUUAUGAGUAGUAAAGUAGCGUGUGGCAAGUCACGGGCGAAUACUACAGACGAAAGCAUUCCACAACCCAUGCGCACAAGUGCCGAAAUGGAAGUUGAUCCCACGCGAAUUGAAAUGUUGCUAGCUCGACAGCAGCUAUUGAGUGAACGGCAAAAUCUGAAAGUAGAGCUGGACCCAUUUUCACCCAUUGUGACGUGGCAAGAAGCGAAUUUUCAGUGUCAUCUUGUACCAAUGUUGGCUUGCAAGAAGCCAGAUCAUACGGCUGGCUUAGGCGACAAUAUCUCUGGCACUGGAGUAGCGUACCACCGCAUUCAAAAGUAG